UGCGUCGACAUCUAGAGAGCCAACAUGUUCCUGAGCAGAGCAUCCGUCGUUCUCCUCGUCGCUUUCUUGGGGACCUCGUGGUCUACUGGAGAUGUAGUUGCUUCUGCCAGUCCGCUCCCUCGAGGAUACCCGACGCCACAGUACCAGCCAAAUACUGGAAAUAUUAUUGCUAAUCAGAAACCAGCCUCUCCUAACGAGUCUACUGGAACUGGAGAUGGAGUUGCUUCUGCAAAUCCUCUCCCUCGAAGACACCCGCCGCCACAGGACCAGCCAAACGGUGGAAACAUUAAUUAUAAUCCGUUAAAAGCCUCUCCUAAUGGGUCUUUUGGAGAUGGAGUUGCUUCUGCCAGUCCGCUCCCUCGAGGAUACCCGAUGCCACAGUUCCAGCCAAAUGCCGGAAACAUGAAUUAUUAUAAUCCGUAUCCAGCUUUUCCUAGCGGGUUUAUGGGAGGUCCCGGAUACUACCCACAGUAUCCAGGGCUUCCGUACUACUCACCGCAACCUCGAGUGGUUUACGUACAGGCUCCGAGGUCGAGUCCUCCACUCAUAAGGACAUGGGAUGGUCUUCACGAUUGGGCCCAGAAUGCCUUUCAAAGUUUUAUAGGUCAACCCGCCCCGAACACAGAUAGAAGCCAAAACACAGGCCAACCAGCCCCAAACAGUCAAUAUUAAAGAGUA